AUGAAUAAUCGAAAUGUGCAAACAUCUAGCAAUGAGGAGAGCAGCAGCAGCACACCGUCAAAUAAUAAUGGGGCCAAAAAGACAUUGUUCGCCUUGAAGAAAAGAAUGUUUUCAUCACCAAAUCAGAGGGCAAGUGACAUAAUAUCCAGAAAUUGCAGACGCAUAUCAGAUAGGACUGUUGCGAAUACAAAUAUAGUGGAUAGCACAAUACAGCAAGAUCCAGAAACUAAUUGUUCUAGUGCCAACGACGAAAUUCUAUCGAGCUUCAAUCAUUUCUCCGCCGAAAUUUCUAGAAUAUCUGAACACCGAGCGAUAAAAGAGGAUGUGGACGUAAGUCAACUGUCAAAUAAUGAAAUUGACGAGUGUGGAACAAUGUACGGCGACUUAUUAGAGACAAUAAGUGACGUUUUUCUUAAUUUGCCAAAGCAUUUAAUAAAAACACAGCCAGGAUUCAAUGACUCGAUACACACAAAAAGCAAAGCGGUUGUGGACAAAUUGAAAAAAAUAACGAAACAUCGUACCAUAAAAUUAAAUGCCCAACAUAAUGGUCCAAGGACGAUUUAUUCAGAGCCUUCAGUCGAAAGGUCUGAUUUAUUAGAGAACCCUUUACCAUCAUCUUCUGGGUCAGUGAUAAAAUUAUGUUCAAGCAGUGAAUCUAUUAGCGUAAGUCAAAAUGAAAGUUCAAUAGAGAAAAAAAGUAAAAGCAGUUUCGUUCCCAAAACGAGAAAAAGUACAAGUCUUGACAAUGCCGACGACGAGCCGUCCACAUCAAGCACUUUGGAUAGAUUUAGAGCUGCAUCAGGAAAGUUACAGCCAGUACAAAAUGAGAAACCAAAAAACAUGCCUCCACCGGCUAGCUCUGUCCCAUUUCAACCUCCUUUUGGUGAUACACCCUUUUGUCCCUCAUCUGAAAACAGUGUACCAACAUUGAAUGACGAAUUUGAAUUAGAAAAUGUAGAUUGGGACGAUGAUAUACAAGAUUUCAAUGAUGCUGUAGACAUACCAGUAGACGAAGCAGAUUGGCCAAAAGACAGACCCGAAGACAUUGAAAUGCAAGACGAAAGAGUAGAUGAGAGUGAUAACAAUCAAAGAAAUGAAGGCGAUCGUUUCGACAAUGAAAACUAUCCUCAUUCGGUGAUUUUGAGGGAAACUCUCCGAAAGACUUUUGGAUUAAGUGAAUUCAGACCAAGGCAACUCAGGAUUAUCAACGCCACUCUCCUAAGACACGACUGCUUCGUCAUCUUGCCAACGGGCGCCGGUAAAUCCCUAUGCUACCAGCUGCCGGCCGUGCUCACUCCCGGCGUGACCAUCGUCGUAUCGCCUCUGAUAUCGCUAAUAGUAGACCAAGUCAACAAACUGCUAAAACUAGGUAUUGCAGCAGCGCAUUUAUCAGGGGACUUAACAGAAGUUCAAAUGAAUGCAGUUUACCUGAAGUUAGCCAUGGCAGAGCCAGCGAUCAAAUUGUUAUAUGUUACUCCUGAGAAGUUAAUGAACCACACAUUGCGAAUGACUUUGAAAUCACUUUAUAUACGCCGUAAAAUCGGCAGGUUCGUGGUGGACGAGGCGCAUUGCGUGUCGCAGUGGGGCAACGUCUUCCGGCCGGACUACAAGCGGCUGAACGAACUGCGGGAGAACUACUGCGACGUGCCGCUGAUGGCGCUCACGGCCACCGCGACGCCGCGCGUGCUCGUUGACAUCGAGCGCCACCUGGGGUUUGGUAGCAAGUCCCCCGAAGAGAGAAGUGAGUUUGUGCAAUCGAAGGGACAUUGCUUUAAUUGUUUGUCUCCCAAUCACAAUGUAAGAGGCUGCCACCAGGCUACGUGUUGUCGCCGUUGUGACAGAAGACACCACACAUUACUCCAUUUUGAGAGAGGUCUACGUCCUGAAGCAAGCGCUUCGUCUAAGAGUACUGAGAAAUCGCUGAGUCCAGAGUCGACUACGGAGAAAAACAUAAUAGCUCAUUUUGUCCAAGAGGAGAAUCAAUCAGAGGUGUUACUGGCUACUGCGUUGGUCAGAGCCAAAUCAGCGGAUGGCUAUUCUCAAAUCUUGCGUGUAUUAAUAGAUCAGGGCUCUGAAGCGUCAUUUAUCAGUGUAGAAGUUCACAGCGAGAUUAUGCUUAACGGAUUAUUGAGACAUCCAUCGAAAAUUGGUCCCAUUGCGCAAAACACCAAACUAGGAUGGAUCUUGUCCGGACGUGUAACAUCACAGGAGCUAACCAAUACCAGGAUGAUAAAUCUACACCUUCAAGUAAAGGAAGACCUACUUCUGAAACAAUUCUGGGAAAUAGAGAGAGAGCCAGACAUGAUAGGGAAACCACUAACAAAGGAAGAGAUUAAAUGUGAGGAAAUUUAUGAGGAGACUACAGUGAGAAAUGAGGAAGGGCGUUACGUGGUAAGGCUGCCAUUUAAGAAAAUAGAUCCUGGAGUUAGAUAUGGGAAA